UAAGAAAGUGCACUCAGUCCUCCUGUUAGUGAACGGGGAGACCGCCGCUCAUCCAUUUUACUCCACAGCACUGACGUUAUAACAUCUUACAGGACAGUUGGGCCCAGCUCCGAACCCUGCCAGAACUCCCAUCAACCAGGAGGAUUAUUAUGCGUCCGAAAUCUGCCUUUUCUUCUCACUGACUGAGCUUGAGUGUCCGGGGACAUGAAACUCAAUCCACAGCAAGCUCCAUUAUAUGGGCGGUGUGUUAUUGUGGUGCAGCUCACUGACGAAGAGCUGGCUGCGGAGGACGAGGGCGUGGACUACUUCCUGCUGUUUGUUGGCAGCACACAGAGGCACCUGACCAGCACCCUAAGGAGCAAUCAUGACACCUUGCAUGCGCUUUGUCCCGCUCAUGACUGUUGUGAGGUGGUGUCGGUCACCUUAUGUUCAGUCAGCCAAGGUGUUGCCGAGGCCCCUGAGGACCUGAAGCCCUGUGUGGGUCGUGUGGCUCCUUUAGCUGAGCAGCGUUUCAGCUUUGUCCAGGAUUUGGCUUUUGACAUGGCCCAGUUCCUGGUGAGCACGGCGGGCCGGCCCGACGGCCUCGAUGGGGCACUGCUGCUGGACGAGUGUCAGAUUCCCCUGCAGGAGUGUGAACGCCUGGACGAGAACCUGGCGCUGGCUCUGCACCACCUUGCCCUACCUCCUGGAUGGAGCUUACUGGGUAGAAAACAAACCAGCAACACAGACCUGAAUCCCCAGGAGACUCUGCUGCAUUUCUCAGCACGUCGAGGUCUUUUUCAGGUUACACACUUCUUACUGCAGCAAUCUGGAGUGAAAGAGGCCCUGCAAUUGGCCAACAGAGAAGGCCACACCCCAUCUGUGCUUGCAGCCCUGCGAGGACAUGAAAGUGUCCAUGAGCUCCUUACAAAGGCUGAGACAGACACAGAGACGGACAAAGGGACUGAGACUGCCCAGCCAGUCUCUACAGAAGCCCGGUUAGUUUGUCACCUGCCCAGGCUGAACACACACACUCUGACGCUGAGCGCCCAUCCCGGCCACGACCCUCCGACCCUUCACAGGAGCGUGGAGCAGCUGCUGCACUUGAUAUGUCAUCUCCAUGCCAAGCAGGGAGUUUCUGAACUGGAGCUGCAGUUUGAUUCUCUGCACACAGCUGCUGAAUGUUGUGAUGGUGUAGAAACGGAGAUAUCCUGUCUUGAGCGUCUACAGCUGCCUGAACUAGCUGCACAGUGCCUGGAUACAACAACAGGAGGGAGCUGGGUAGAAAACUGCUCAGUGGAAAGCAGCAGUAGUGUUAAUUGUGGACCUGGUGAGACUGAGAAUUCAGAGAGAGACUGUAGUUUGUCUGUGAGUGGUCCAACGUCAGAGUCCCCGGAGCAUGGCCUUGGCCCCCCAGAGGACAGGGUGUUUCCCAGUUCAAACACUGGGCGAGAGUACUGCCAAACGGAGGAGGAGGGAACGGAGCAGCCUGUUGUUUCCACCCAGAGUUUGAGUUUGUGCGACAGGAGUGAAGGAGCACAGAGUGAGGCAGAAGGGGAGAGCCUCACUGUGGGAAUCCAACCGGCAGCAGGCUGUGGUAAACAGGGAGAGGAAACUGAUAGAGGAGAGGCUGUGAUCCAGGAAGGACAGGAGGCUGCGGAGGGAAAGGAAAUAUCAGAACAGGAAGCCGAGGACAGCACAGCUACAAGGAGGGAGGAGGAGACCAACUUUGAGUCAAGUGAUCUCAUUACGCCCAGUGACGACACAAAAGCUUCAGUCAUGGGCCAGUCUCCAUCUUCGGAGGGCUCUGAUGUAUCCGAGAACUCUGAUUCUGAAAUGAAGGAGUGCUUACAGGAAGAAGUUGGGAAAGUAGAGAUGAAUCCUAGCCAGGAGCUCUGUGACGGACUCUCUUUAGAGGAGGAGAGGACUGAGAGUGAAGGGUUAGCGAACCCUCUAUCAACCCCAGGGGACCCUCCCAACCCAUCACUGAUAAACUGUGGUGAUGUAAUCGAGGGGCCUGAAUCUGCUGUUCCAUGUCUCUUGAUAGAAGGCCUCCAUGAGGGGGAACCUCCGCCAGACAUAAACAGCCUGGAACAAAACCAGGAAACAGCUGUUAGGGAUUACGCUACAGAGCAGGAGUGGGGCUUGGCUUCAGAAACCAGUUGUCAUUCUGGGAAUUGUACUGGGACCGCCAGUUGUAAAGAGGUAUAUGGUGAAGACGUAGCUGAAACUUGUGGAUACAGUAUUGAAAGUACCAGUAUGCCUGGUGUGGACAAACCUGGUAACUCUAUGGAUUAUAUACGGACAGAUCCAUCACCUGAAACAGUGCCCAGCUCCAGUGACAGACAGGCUGAUCCUGAUUCAGGGAUGACUCAUGGCAUCUCCAGUGAUGAUGAUGGCAGUUUUCAAUCAGUUGGAAGCUCGACAACAGAAAUAUUCCAUCCCACUCGGGACAAUGCUAGUGUAGAGGAUAAGGAGUUUCUUCAGGAAGAACAGUCCUCAACAGGAUUAAAGGUGGAGAAUCCAAAUGAUUCAAAACCUGGUGAACAUUCUUUAUCCGUGGACGCAGGGCUCCCCUUGGAGCCGGGCACUGACGGUGCACCACCAUUGAAAGACUGCAGUGGCACUGAGCCUGAAUCACUGUCACCCAGCCUCCAGACAAUGAAGACUUUGAACGCUGAGGGGACCGUAGAGGAACUCACCCUAGAACCUUCCAAAGAGGAUCUGUCGUUGAGUCCAGCGCUGUCAGAGAGCAUCGAUGCAUCAACGGUGAAGUUCGAUGAUAGUGAAACUGGAGAGGCCAGUGACUCUGAACUAAAUGAAGAGAUUGAACAUUUGGCAUCAGAGGUUACCAGCAGAGUUUUACUUGAAGCCUGUGCAUCUUUUGCAGAAAAAGGUAGAAUGAUUGUUGAUGGAGACCCUCCGUCAACUGAUACUAGUGAUAAAUCUGCAGUGGAAAAGAUCGGGGAUGUGCAAUUGCUUCUACAGCAACCUGAAAAGGUUAAUUCAGAGAUGACAGCAGUUGAGAGGUCACCUGAUGAGGGAGAAAGUCACUCAGAGGAUCAGACUGAUGCAUCGUCAUCACAAGGUGUCACUCCACUUUCAGACAGCGCAGAUGCCAAUGCCCUUGAAGUAGAACCACCCUCUCCAGACGAUGAAGCGUCAAGUGACACAGUGGAUGGAGUCCCUCAAAGUGCAAUACAAGAGGUGGAAUUCGUCAUGUCUGAAGAAACUGUAAUCCGUGCAGAGGAGGAAGAAAAUGGCCCAACAGUAGAAAUGGACUCCUCAAAGAUCCACCGAGACAGAGACGCGUCGUUCCAUCAACCCUGCAACACGCAAUACUCAGGAUCCUCACAGUCUUCAGCGUCUCCUAAUUUGCCCAGCAGAACCAGCAGUGCCACCAGCUGUCCCUCCACAGUGCACAGAGACUCUGGCAGCGACAUAGAAAGCCUCCUGAAUGCUGACCCGGGCUAUGACAACGUCUUCAGAAAGAAUGAUGAACCAGUGAUCGGAGGAGACAGCACCAGCGAGGUUUCCGUCUCCUGCUCCUCCACAGACGACACUGCCAGUGUUGGUCCGGCUAGCUCCAGUCCUGAGGGGAGCCAGGGCCCUGAAUGUAGCUGGAGCCCAGAGGAAGGUGUCCAGACUGGGGCUACUGUCACUACAGAAACGGACGGUGGUGGUGGUGGAGGAGGAGGAGGAGCAGUGGGGGAAGCUGAAGAAGAGGCCAAAGACAGAGUGACAGAGGUGCCACGGCGCUCCUGUCUCCUCCGAAACAGUAUCCGCUCCCUGUCUCCUCUUCGGCGCCACAGCUGGGGUCCUGGGAAGAACAACGGAGGAGACGCAGAGAUGAACCAGAGGAGUUCCGUCCGUAGCCCUGGUGAGAGGAAGCCGACCUUUCACAGGAGAAGCAUCAGCUGGUGCCCUCCCGAUGCUCCCCACAGCCACGGUGUGGAAGUAGUUAGUUCCCUCAGCUACAGCCUGGAGGGGCUCAGUGGGGUCCAAGAAGAGCUGAGGGGCCCCAUCACCAAGGGGCCGCGAAUCCUGGAGCCUUCAAGGAUGCCCAGGCAUGACAGCGAUGACAGGGGCUCCAUGGUUUCUCUGACCGAGGAGCAGGAGGGAGGGCUGGGCGAGCACAGCAGACGACAUGACCCGAAAUCAAGGCGGUAUCGACCUCUGCGAAACAGCUGUCCUCCUAUGACCCUACCCCUCACUAAGUCUGUGUCCAUGCUCGCCAUCAGCCAGAGAGACAUUGAUGGUAUGAGGUCAUUUUCCAGCAACUCUGGCUCACUAGCAUACAGUAUAUCAGAGGAGGAGCCGGGCCCCCUGCGGAGCGACACUGAGGGAAAAAGUGUCACAAAAGUCAGCCGGACCUUCAGCUACCUCAAGAACAAGAUGUACAAGAAGACCAGGGAAAAGGACAGAGACAAGAAGGAGAAAGAGAAGGAGGGCAAAGAGAAGGACAAGAAGGUGGUUAAUGGUCAUCUCUUCACGGCAGUGGGCUCAGGCCAGGCAACCCACUGCUUCCAGUGCAAUAAGGCUUUCAACAACAAGGAGGCGUACCAUUGCUCUCACUGUAAUGCUUCCGUCCAUAAGGGCUGCAGGGACAGCCUGCCUGUUUGUGCCAAGGUGAAGAUGAAGCUGCCCAAACAGCAGUAUGCAGUACCAGACUCAAGUUCUUCCACUACAGUCACGAUGAGGAACAAAUCUGGUGGGACGAGGGAGCGCCCCUGGUCGGCCAUCUUGUCCCCUGAAGACCACUCCUCGCUGAUGAUCCCAUCAGGACGAAGACACACUAGCAUCAUGAAUUUCCAUGGCAACAACCUCUCCAAGAGUCUCUCCAUAAGCAACAUCGCUGGUCCGGUGUUUGAUGAGAUGCCCAUUAAAGGCCUGCGGUAUCUCUCCCAGUCCACUGACUCCCUCAACAGAACCAACCAGGUCACAGAGUCCAUGGAAUCACUCACUGAUGAAGGGACCGAGAUGAUGGACGGGCAGCUGAUGGGGGAGUUUGAAGGAGAGGCGAAGGAGCUGGAGGCUGACUCAUGGAGUUUAGGAGUGGAGCAGCAGUACCUGCAGCAGCUGGACAAGGAGCUGGUGAAGAGACAAGAUGUCAUCUAUGAGCUGAUGCAGACGGAGAUGCAUCACAUCCGGACGUUGCGCAUCAUGUCAGAGGUCUACAGCAAAGGCCUGCAGAAGGAGGUGCAGCUGGAGCAGCAGACAGUGGAGAAGCUGUUCCCCACUCUAGAUGAACUCCUGGAGCUCCACACGCAGCACCUCGUCCGCCUCCUCGAGAGGAAAAGGGAGAGCCAGCUGGAGGGGGGCAGCCUGGAGGGAAGCUUUAUCAUCAACAGGAUAGGAGACAUCCUGGUCAACCAGUUCUCCGGUUCCAACGGCGAAACCAUGAAGAGGGUUUAUGGAAGAUUCUGCAGCCGCCACAAUGAAGCGGUAAACUUCUACAAGGACCUCCUUACCAAAGACAAACGCUUCAAGGCCUUUAUCAAAAAAAAGAUGAGUAGCAGCAUUGUGCGGAGGCUCGGCAUCCCAGAAUGCAUCUUGCUGGUGACCCAGAGGAUAACAAAGUACCCAGUGCUGAUUCAGAGAAUGCUUCAGCACACCAAAGAAAGCGAGGAAGACUACGAAGACCUGACGGAUUCUGUCCGGUUGGUGAAGGAGGUGAUAGCAGCAGUGGACAGCAAGGUGAAUGAGCACGAGAAACGACGUCGUCUGAAGGAAUUUCAUGGCCGCAUGGACAGCAAGUCCAUCAUGAUGAUGAAGAGUGGUCAGAUUUUUGCCAGGGAGGAUCUGCUGAGGAGGAGGCUGAUCCACGAUGGAGUGCUGCAACUGAAGAACAGCCAGGGAAGACUGAAGGACGUACAUGCUCUGCUACUAUCAGACGUCAUCGUCUUCCUCCAAGAGAAAGACCAGAAAUACGUCUACGCCAUGCUGGACCAGCGCUCCACAGUCAUCUCCCUUCAGAAGCUGAUUGUGAGGGAGGUCGCUAACGAAGAGCGUGGCCUCUUCCUCAUCACAGCAGGCAUUGAGAAGCCAGAGAUGAUGGAGGUCCUGGCCAGCUCGAAGGAUGAGCGCAACACCUGGAUGCAUCUCAUCCAGGAAGCCAUGCAGUCCAUGGAUAGGGAUGAGGAUGAAGGGAUUCCCAGUGAAACGGAAGAUGACAAGAGACAGCUGGAGACUAAAGCCAAGGAGAUGAGAGAUCUAUUGAAGCAGAAGGACACAGAGAUCAUGUCUCUGCUGGAGGAGAAGGUGCAACUUUUCAGGGGGAUGUGGGAGGGCUUAAACACGGGCGAGGAGGUCUGCCGGCAGGGUGAACCUUUCUUCAGGUCAGCCUGCGGCGUGGAGCCGCCCAGGGGGGCGUCAGUCAUGAAGGAUGCCCUGCAGGAAGUGGAGACGUUACAGGCGCUGGUGAACAGCAGCCUGGGUGGGGCAAUGGCCAGUGUCCAGGAGGGAGGAGGCGUGGGGCCGGUGUGUUUGCCCCGUCGGGCCGAGACCUUUGGAGGCUUCGACAGUCACCAGAUGCACAGCAGUAAGAGUGGAGAUAGAGAUGAGUGCGAGGAUACGGCGGGAGAUCUGCGCAGGACAGAGUCGGAUAGUGUUUUAAAGAAGGGAGGAAACGCCAACGUGCUGCAGCUGCUGAAGAGGAACAGUGAGCAGGUCCUAAACAGUGUGUCCAAUCUGCAUCUCCUGCUCAGCACUCUGCAGGCGGUGGUAGUUCAGCAGGACAGUUUCAUCGAGGACCAGCGGCAGGCCCUGAGUGAGCGCUCCUCCUCCUGCACGUCUUUAUCGCGGCAGACCUCGCGGCCCAGCUCGCUGAUUGAACAGGAGAAGCAGCGCAGCCUGGAGAAGCAGCGGCAGGAGCUUGCAUCCCUGCAGAGACAGCAGGCAGCUCAUGCUGAGGAGAAGAGGAGGAGGGAGAGGGAGUGGGAGCUGAGGGAACAGCAGCUGACUGAAAGGGAGGGGCUGCUCCACGCACAGCAGGAGGAGGAGAUCCUGAAGCGACACAAGGAGCUGGAGGAGGAGAAGCAGGAGCUGCAGAAUAAGAAGGAGGAGUACCAGAAAGACCUGGAGAGGCUGAGAGACGCUCAGAGGAAGCUGGAGAGGGACAGGGAAGCUGUGCAGCGGCAGUUCGACAAGAUGGAGGAGGUCCGUGUGGCUGAGAGGACUCCCUCUACGACAUCGGAUGAAACCCAGUUCCCAGGCAGCUCCCACUCCCUGGAGCUGGACCCGCUGGAGCUCUCCUCCUCCCUGCCGAGGCUGCAGCCCCAGCGGUCUAAGACCAAAGGGAAAGGCCUAAAUCCCUUUACCUCAUCCUCCACCAACCCCAACCUCAAGGGCAGUGAAUCCAACCACCAGAUCUCGAAAAGCCUGCUGCAGCUGGCCAAGAACAAGAGCAAAGAGGGCAAGAAGAAGAAGAAGGGCAAAGGAGGGAGCGCACAGACGGCAGACCCCCAGCACCUCCCAGAGCCUCCUCUGGAUGGAGAGAUCUUCUUCUGCUAAGGAGUGGCUCUUCCUCAUCCUCAUCAUCAUCAAACUGUAAAAGCCAUUCUGACAUCAGAAGGAGUGUGUUACUGCCGAGUAGUCACACUGCAGUGUAUUACCAGGCUUGUUGGCACCUUUAAAAUUACCUUGAAAAGACAUUUAGUUAAUUUUCCACAUCAUAGUGCAGAGAUGUUUAACAUUACAGUAAGAACAAGGCAGGAAAUGUAUUUUUACAUCAAAUCUCACUGCUUUUAGUUUCUGGAAAUAUUUUAGGGAUUCUGUUUUGGUGUGCAGGUGUGCGUAUGUACAUGACGUACAUACAAAUAGCAGUACAUUUUUGGGGUAUUGAAAACCCCUCGUUUUCCAAAGAUGGUUUCAUGAAAGAGGAAUCAUUUCUUCAUUUUUGUGCUAGAGAAUCAAAUUGAGAACAUUUCACAUUAGAUUACCUAACAAGCUCUGCCAUGUAUGUCACAGGCUUCGCUGCCUUUCAGCCCCCAGUUCAGCAGCCCGUCCUGUUAUUAAGUUCCACACCAACAGGCUGUUGCGUUCAUUCACAGGAAGCCUUUUCCAUGUGACUGAACCCACACACACAAGGAUGGAGAUGUACCCAAUUCAGCUUGGAAACAAAUAUGAAUGUCAACGAGCUCCAUGUGGCACUGGAAGCUCCUCACUCCUAAUUAUCCAUCUCACUGAUAAUUAAUAGUGAAACAGUGUCUUUCUUAGUGUUUGGUCCAGUAUUUCAUUCCACGUUGAAAGAAAAGCGGAGCCUCACAGCCCUUUACUCACUGUUUAAAAAGCACAUGUGUUUGCAUCCGCUGAUUUUGCCUUCAGUUUGUAAGCAAAAUGUGAUUGGCAUGCUACCUUCAGUAAUCCUCUGUAAUGACUCUAUGCCAUCAAUCACGUUUCCUGGCUGGGCUUUAAUGUAUUUGAAGUCUGGAAAUCUCCAUUGUGGAGUGAAACUCUUCAGAUGUGCGUGUCUGCUUUCCCAGACUCAACAUUAAUGAAAGGAUUGAGACAUAUCUCCCUGUGUCUAAUGGCUCAAUUCAUAUCCUUUAGUGUGUUUUAGAGCCUUGGAUGGAUAUUAGCUUGAUCCCAGCUUUAUCUGCCUGUCAAUGGGCUUUUAUUCAGCCCUCAUCUUUCAUCUGAGUGACGACGAGCGGGGCUUUUCCUUCGUUUUUUAAUUGCAUGUAACUCUGCAGGUAGCAUACUAAUGGUGUCUGUCUGUUAAAGGGUUCAACUCUCUCUUUCAACCUCCCUCUUUCAGUUGUGAUAAUAGACUCGGUAGAUCCACACAGCUGAUGGUUUUAGGAAAUGGAGGCUGCUCAUUUAGGUACAAAGCAGCUAGUUAGACAAAAUGAGAGAGGACAUUAAUUAAAAAACACCAGAUGAUGUUAUGUGUCCCUGUUUGGACGUUUAAUGACUAAACCUGCUCAGCAGGUACCGCCUGAGUCUCUGAUCAUUUCAAAUUAAUCAACACUCAUCAGUGUUGUUAAGCACUUUGGUCCUGAUAUGUUGAUGCAUUUAUUUUGUUAUCAGUGUGAGAUAUCAAUCAAGGCGAGCUCUGUAUUCUGUGGGGCUUUUUAAUCGAGGGCACUGAUGCUCAUCAAAGGCAACAAUGAUCCAAAGCAAGAUAAUGUGUUCAAGCGCAUAAAAGAUGCUGCGGUUCCAUUUUAUUAGUGUUUGAAAAGAUAGAAGGGCGGUUGGGUAGCUAUUCUAUAAUUCUUCCAAGGUGACCUGUCUGAUCUCUCUUAAUUUUUAAGCCUGUGUUUUAGUCCACUGAGCCCAGACUGGGCCACACAACUACCUGCUGGACAGGUAGGAAGUAAAAACAGAAGACAAAAAAACCCCUUUUCCAGUGAAUUACAGAGCAUCACCACUGAACUGCUUUCUUGCUGCCUCUUUUGUCGUGUCUUUAAGUGCUUGUUUGUUAACUUGCCGUCUGUAUUGAGGAUUUGACUUCAUGUCCAGGCUGGUUUAUUAUAGUGUGUCUUCUAAGAGGCUUACAGGGCCAGCCAAUUAGUUGCUUCAUGUCUUUUGUUUAUGGCUUUGGUGUAAUCCUGUCAGAGAAACACAGGAAUGGGCUUCCCCCCCUUUUGUCGCUUUAGGUGUGUUUUGACCACUAGGGAGCACUGCACCUAUGACUAAUUUAGUUCCCUCUCACACAAACAAAAACACCCAGGAAGUAUGAAACUGUUUUUUUAAUUUCUUUUUUAGACAUAUUCCCCCUGCUGUGAGCAAUUGACAUGUUUUUCUCAGCAGGUCAUUGCCGUACAGAGAUAAUGUGAUGAGCGUGGGCUCUCACACUCUGUGACAUUUUCCCCACGGCAUUUGUAAUUGACUUGCAGAAACAAAUAAGUUGUCAGAGAUUGUAAUUGGUUAUUCAGUGGAAGCAGUCAGCAGCAGCUUUAAUAUGAAAAAAGACGGUCGAGCGGUUUGAGGGAGCGACCGGGCAGAACCACAAACCUCUCUCUGUAAGGGACAAUCAGCAGACGCGAGUCAGGAAAAUGAACUCCCUCCCUGAUGAUGAUAGGCCUGUCCACGAGACGAGUGUGUCCAUCAGGUGAACCCUGCGUAGCCUUAAAUCUUAAUGAUAAAAUGCACUAGAGUAGAACCCAGCAUCUUCUCAGGAGACAGAGGAGAGCUUUUAUACCUCCACUAUGAAAAGAAGGAAAUGUUUGUACUAUAAAAGUGGUACAGAACUGUUUCAUUCCCAACCAUGUAAAAAAGGGCAAAGACAAAUGUAAAUAUGAUUUAUGUAUAAAACAAAUCAAAUGUAAAAAAUGUUUUGUUGGUGAUUUAUUGCAACAUUUUGUAAGAAUGGUUUAUUUAUGUUUUAUUCUCACCCUCUGGGUGAUGUAAAGUCACACUUCUCUCAUAAUAAAAAAAAAACAUAAUGGACAUUUGAA